AGUAACUCAUCACGAAAACAUAGUCAGUAAUUGGUACGAAAAAUCUCUACAAAGAAAAUGAAUAUCAGACCCUUGUCAGAAGCCUUGCAGAAAGUCGCUAUAGAAGAACUAAAUGAAGAUCCUAAACGAAUACAGGAUGAUUUGAAUAACUUUAAGGAAUGGAUAAAAGAACAGCCUCAUUUGAGAGCUCGCAUGGACGAUCAAUUUCUCAUAGCUUUCCUUCGUGGUUGUAAAUACAGUUUGGAAAAGGCCAAAACCAAAUUGGAUAAUUUCUAUACGUUUAAGGAAAAGUAUCCCGAAUUGUUGAAGCGUCCCAAUUUGGAGGAUCCAAAGGUGCGAGAAUUACUGAGACUAGGAAUUAUCUUAUACCUGCCUGAACCUUUGACCGAGGCUGGACCACGCAUUGUUUUGGUACGCAAUGGAGCCUAUGACCCUAGUAAAUAUUCCUUUGCUGAAUUGGCCCAAAUGCGUACUCUCAUUCAAGAUAUUGUGCUAAUGGAGGAUGAUGUAGCCGUUGUUGCAGGCAUAAUAUUCGUUCUGGAUUUUAGUGAAGUUGGCAUGUCCCACUUGUUUCAAAUCAAUCCGGGUGUUAUGAGAAAGGUUUCUCAAUACACGGAAAAAGCAUUGCCACUGCGUGUAAAAGCUUCUCAUUUCAUUGAUACGCCCUUAGUCUUUGAACCUGUUUUCAAUUGGGUUAAGCCCUUGAUGCCACAGAAGAUGCAAGGAAGGCUCUAUGUGCAUGGAUCCAAACGAGAAGAACUUUUUAAAAUUAUUCCUAAGAAACUGUUACCCAAAGAUUAUGGCGGCGAAAAUUUGAGCAUUCAAGAGUUAAUCGAUAUGUGGGAACAAAAAGUCCUAUCUUAUGCUGAUUUCUUUAAAGAUGAUGACAAAUAUGGUGUGGAUGAGUCGUUGAGAGUUCAACAGAAGGCAACCAACUCUACAGAGUCUACCGCAGGCUUGGUUGGUUCAUUUAGAAAACUUGUAGUGGAUUAAAACAUUAAUAUAUUAUUAGAGAAGGUAUAUAAAUUAUUUUUAAUUGUUGACAAUAAAUAUUUUAAAAGUUCAUACAAUCGGAUAUUGUCCGGCUGU